AUGGGCACGCAACGGGCCGCAGACGAACAGAAGUGUCCACGAGGUCAUGAGACAGUAGAUCCCGAGCAACGUGUGGAGUUGGAGGUCCUCUUCAAGAUGGGCCAAACCGCAGGAAGCCUCAACAAUGUCAAGGAAAGAGUUUCCCCAAGUGACAUGAACUUCGCCACCGAGGCCAUGAGGUUGGUCGCCAAGAUGGGCAGCAACUUCCUCGAGGCUGAUGGUGAUGACACCGAAUUGCAAAUGGCGGUGGUUGGUAUUGGACGCACUGGUGUCGUGGUCAAGACGAAUGUCGUAGCCCUUAUACACAAGCUGGAAGGCUAUGGCUCGGGGGCGCAGUUCAUUGUCGCCCCGACUGGAGGCUUGAAGGACACCGUGGAAGAUGGUGUCCCCCACGAUUUCUGGACGGAUGGUAUGAUGACCGUCGAGGCGCUUGUGGAGCACGAGUCUUCUCGAAAAAGUGAAAUCGUCCUUGCCCGAGGGAGCACCUAA